AACUACCUUCCCCAUCCCUACCCAUCAUCACCCUCACCAGUCACCACUCGCCACCCUCGCCCGCCCCCAUGGUCUCGCUCGCUGGCUCCCAGAUCCCCUCGCCUUCGCCGGGGCAGAGCCCCUGCGCGGCCGCGCGCCCGCAGCGCCGCCAGGGACACUCCAUGCGCACCAUCCGCUCCGCUCUGCUGCAGCCGGACUCCUCCCCUGGGUCCCCGUCCCCGCGCGAUGGCGGCGCCGACGCGGGCGACUCGGACAUUGAGAACCUCACCGACUCCGUCAUCGACUUCCACCUCCGCGAGCUCGCCGCCACCGCGGGGCCCGCGCACCCGGCGGCCGUCGCCAAGUCCUCUUCCGCCAUCAACGCCGCCGCCACGGAGCUGCUCGACCUGUCGCGGGACUUCUCCGACUACUCCAGCUUCAACUCCGACAUCUCCGGCGAGCUCGAGCGCCUCGCUGCCGCGGCGGGGGCGGCGCCCAGAUCCGACGCGCCGGACGCGGCCGCCGUGGAUCUGAACGACCUCGAGUCCAUGGAUCUGUCGGCGGACGCGGCGCCGCUGGACCGCGUGGAGCCGUUCGUGCUGGCGUGCGUGCGGGCGCUGGGGCCCGACGCCGGGCCGGACGCGCGGCGCGCGGCCGCGGCCAGGAUACGCCUGCUUGCGAAGCACCGCUCCGACAUCCGCGAGCUGAUCGGCGUGUCGGGCGCCAUCCCGGCGCUCGUGCCGCUGCUGCGGAGCACCGACCCCGUGGCGCAGGAGAGCGCGGUCACCGCGCUGCUCAACCUCUCGCUCGAGGAGCGGAACCGGUCCGCCAUCACGGCCGCCGGCGCCAUCAAGCCGCUCGUCUACGCGCUGCGCACCGGCACGGCGCCGGCCAAGCAGAACGCCGCGUGCGCGCUGCUCAGCCUCUCGGGCAUCGAGGAGAACCGCGCCACCAUCGGGGCCUGCGGCGCCAUCCCGCCGCUCGUCGCGCUGCUCUCCGCGGGCUCCACGCGCGGCAAGAAGGACGCGCUCACCACGCUCUACCGCCUCUGCUCCGCGCGCAGGAACAAGGAGCGCGCCGUCAGCGCCGGCGCCAUCGUGCCGCUCGUGCACCUCAUCGGCGAGCGCGGCAGCGGGACGUGCGAGAAGGCCAUGGUGGUUCUGGGGAGCCUCGCGGGCAUCGCCGAGGGCCGUGAAGCCGUGGUGGAGGCUGGCGGGAUCCCCGCCCUGGUUGAGGCCAUCGAGGACGGCCCUGCCAAGGAGAAGGAGUUCGCCGUGGUGGCGCUGCUGCAGAUGUGCUCCGAUUCCCCGCAUAACCGUGCGCUUCUUGUACGCGAGGGCGCCAUCCCACCGCUUGUCGCGCUAUCGCAGUCUGGCUCUGCCCGUGCCAAGCACAAGGCUGAGACUUUGCUUGGCUACCUGCGGGAGCAGCGACAAGGGGUUGCCUGCAGAGCUGGAGCAGUGGCAGCUACUAGCUUGGCUAGGUAAAAAGGCAAGAGCUAUGGUCGAAAUCUGCUCCAUUUAUUCUCUGUGAGAGGUGUUGAGAGCAGAUCAGCGACGCCAGGGGGGCGCAUCUGUAAAUAACAGCUGGCUCUGGUUGGUUUGGCUAUGUGUCUAUGUGAAUACACAUGUGGUUUGCGA